CAGAUUUUAUCUCUGAUUUAUUUGAAUAUAAAUACAAUCUUUUCACUUCGAUUUUAGCAUAAUUCAAUUAACUUAUUAACACUCACCGAGAACUAAAUCAGUGUUCAAUCAUGAAUUCAAUCAUCUUUACCUUAGUUAUUGUUAUUGGUUUUAUCGACUAUUCUGUUGGUGGACCAGUUUCAUUGGUAAUCUCUGGAUCAAAAUUGAAUGAAGUUUGUGAAUUAGCUCAAAAUUUGACAGCCGAUGGAAAAAAUCGAGACGAUAUCGCCAAAAUUUUAGAUGCUCAACUACACCAGAUAUUGGGACUUACUGGACCCUUGAAGAAAGUCCCGAUCGUCCGUUAUGCGGGUGCAACUAAGUCUCAUCCAAUGGCUCGUUAUGGUAAACGAUCCUUACGAAUGGGUCCAUACAUGGGAUCAACUACACAUUCAGGUGAACGUAAUGAUGCUUCACCUACCGAUACUGCAGGAACUACACAGACUGGAACAUUUAACUUUAACGUUUCUGAUUUAAUUUACGUGCUGAUCAAUGCCUUUAGCAGAAAGUUAAAGGCUCGUUGUCUUCCCAGUCAAUCACUUUGCUCUGCAAUCGUUUUACCUGAAAAAGUUGAUCUUCUUGACCAGCAACAAAUGGUAUCAAUUAUCGAUCAGCUUUUCCAAUUACAAGGCUCACUAAUCGAUUGUGAUUCUUCAUAAAUUGUAAUCUUUUUGCAACAGCAACACUAAUUAACAAAUAAAAUGGAUUAACUUAU